UUGCUUUGCUUGCCUGUAUUCAGACAUCUGUGGGACUUACCUUGGUGCUGGCUUGCCAAGCAAAUUCCAGUAAGUGCAUCCAGCCACCGAACAACUGGAAAAGUAAAUCCUCACAAUAUUAAGUGAGACUUAACCCGUGUUAUUGAGAUUGUCAGGCCUUUGGGCGCCUGGAAUUAACUUCAAGAGGGAUUCUGGGGCUCUUUGGAACCUUUCCCCAGAUUUUGGCUCGUGUAUGAAGUCACAUUAAAGAGGGCGUGGUUGCCUGCUUGGUUCAUUGCUCUGUUGCAGCUGCACACACAUUGCCAUCGGCAUCUCUUCCAAGCUUAGGGAGGAACCAGAGAUAAGGACGCGGAGAAAAGGGACCCAGACUUGCAAUGCCAUUCGGAUCCUUCUUCAAGAGGUUCUUCAAGAAGUCGACCAAAGACUUGGCCACCAAAUAUGGCGGCGAAGAUGCCGGUAAUUUGGUUGAUGGAGCAGUGGAUGCGGGCUUCGCUCACCUCCGGCUGGACGAGAAAAUGGACGGCAUGUUGAACUCCUUCACCGGAGGCCAACAAGAGCACCUCAUGAGUCUCUUCGGAGAUGUGGGGGGCGAUCCAGUGGUCAUGGAGCAGACCGUCAGCAAGAAGGGAUUGGACCCAGCUUUGGUUGGCAGUGUGAUCAGCAUGAUCUCUGGCGGAGGCGGGGGUGGAGGGGGAGGCGGAGGAGGAGCCUCUGGCGGCGGGUUCGAUAUCGGUAGCCUCAUACAGACAGUGGCCAGUCUGACUAAGGGAGGCGGAGGAUCAGGUGGAGCUGGCGUGGAAGGAUUUCUUAGCUUGAUCAUGAAUGCGGCAGGGGGUGGGGGAGGCGGAACGGGCUCUACUAAUAAUAUCCUUCAAGUUAUCAUCGGUCUUGCCAAGUCUUUUUUUUCAACACAAUCGGGAAAGAAUCCCGCCCUGCAAGAUUGGGGCUCGGCUGGCGCCAAGGGCAAUGGCGAUCUGACCAGUUGGGCCAUGGCCAUGGUCCGUGACCUAAUUUUCCCGGGUAAAAAGGCCAAGGACGUGAUUGACGAAGAUCCGGGUGACAAGCCUAACCCGCAAGGCAAAGAGGGAAUCAAGGGUUGGUUCGAUGAUCACCCCGAAAUUGGUAAAAUGCAGAAGGAUGUGUUUGAUGAUAUCUUUGAUACUCGAGAUGACGAUGACGAGAACCGUCUAGUGGAUGAUCCCACGCCCGUGAUCCCCAUCCCCAAAGGCUUCAAAGAGGACUGCUCCAUUCUCGAUAAAGCUUCCAUUCUCUUCCUGAACAAUAAGAUUCUGCUUGAUCUUCGCAAGGAAUGGCGAUUUUGUUACUCAACCAAAACCAACGCCCAAGAUUUUGACGAGUUCUUCGACUUAAUUGCGCUGAAGGGCCCCACCUUGAUCAUUAUUCAAGAAAGCAAUGGAAAUGUGUUCGGUGCCUUUACCUCCACGAGCUGGUCGGACUCCCAAGGUGGCUGGAUGGGCAACGGAGAUUCGUUUAUAUUCUCAUUGAAGCCCAAGAUGGCAGUGUUCUACUCCACUGGCAAAGACGAUAACAUCAUGUACUGCUCGCGCGACGAAGGCCUCGGAUUGGGCGGCCGGGUUGGCCGUCAUGGUCUCUCUAUCAGCACUUCCUUGGAAUCUGGAUCUUACCACGAAGACGUGGAUACAUUCGACUUGCCACCAAUCAUGGCUGAAGAAUUUGAAAUCUCGCACAUUGAAGUUUGGGCUUUAGGACCUGAGACGGACGAGUCCACCGAGAGCUCCAAGCUACAUAUCCGCAGGGCUAACACAAAUAUUACCAGCAAUCGCGGAGUCGAUAUGGAUGAUCUGAUGGGUCAAAUCUCUUAGAAAGGGCUUCAGUUGAAAUCCUGCUCUCAGCCGAUCCUGCCUAGCUUCUUGAAUCUAUUUUCAAUUCAUGGAUUAAUUAUAUAAUAGCCUUAAUGUGACUUGCUGCUAUGUUCCUAUGUUAUGCUUAUGUUCAAAAAUGCAAAAAUAUACAACUCUACCCUAA